AUGGCAAUCCCCCUUUGCCAUGCACUGGUUGCAGAUCCUCCAAUCCCGAAAGUCGACGUCGCCAUAAUCGGCGGUGGCCUGUCAGGACUCUCUACCGCUAAAGGUCUCGCAGCAGCCAACAAAUCCUUUGCCAUACUAGAAGCACGAGACCGAGUCGGCGGGCGUGUGCUCAACGCCAACCUAACAGGAAAGAGCAUCCAAGAAUUAGACGCCGAAUACGUUGGACCAACACAAAACCGCGUGCUGGCUCUCGCAACCGAACUCGGUCUACCAACCUACAAGACGUACACUGUGGGAAAUUCAACUUUCUAUCGAAACGGCACAGCGCGUCAUUACCAAGAUUCCCUGGGCGGUAUUCCUCCCGUAGGAUUAGAUUCCCUCAUUGAACUUGCAGUCUUCAUGAACGACAUCAAUACUUUGGCUAGCACGGUCGACCUGGAAGCACCAUGGAAUACCCCGAAUGCCACAACGCUGGAUUCAAUGACUCUAGAAACAUAUGUCAACUCUCGACUAUCGACAGCCGACUCUCGCGUCCUUCUCAACAUCGCUAUCCCAGCCAUUCUAUCAACCGAGUUGAGAGAGCCAUCUCUGCUAUAUUCAUUAUGGUGCAUAGCAGCUGCGGGGGAUGAAACCGGACCUGGGACCAUCAACCGACUCAUUGGCGUUGACGGUGGUGCACAGGAUAGUCGAGUGAGUGGUGGAACACAAUUACUCGCAACCCUACUUGCCGAAAUACUCGGUUCGCAAAACAUCUACCUCAACUCGCCUGUUCGCAAAGUCCAACUUAAAGAAUCCCGUUAUCUAGUUUCAUCAGACAAAGUCACCAUCUCGGCCCGACAUGUCGUCGUCGCAAUGUCCCCGCCUCUAGUAACUCACAUCGCAUUCGAUCCCCCCUUACCCGCUGGUCGAGACCAAUUAAACCAGCGUAUGCCAUUGGGUGCACUCGGCAAAGCGAUUGCGAUCUUCCCGAGCGCCUGGUGGCGGGACGAGGGGCUCAACGGCGAAGGUGUUAGUGAUACCGGAGCAAUCCGAGUAACAUACGAUAACUCUCCCGCUGGUGGAUCAUUCGGGGCUAUAAUUGGAUUCAUCGAGGCGGACGAGAUGCGCAAGCUGGAUACUGCGAGCGAGGACGAAGUCAAGCGCCAGGUCAAGGAAAGUUUUGCGAAUUUGUUUGGCCCGCGUAUGGAAAAUGCUACAGAUGUUCUUGUUCAGAGAUGGGAUCUUGAGGAGUUCUCCCGUGGUGGUCCUAGUGCUUUCAUGCCACCGGGGGUUUUGACGCAGUAUGGGUCUUAUUUACGGGCUCCGGUUGGGAGAAUCCAUUUUGCCGGAACUGAGACUUCGCUAAGGUGGAUUGGGUAUAUGGACGGGGCUAUUAGUUCGGGGGAAAGGGUUGCUGGGGAGAUAUUGAGGAAUUGGAAUUUGGGGGUUUGA